CUGUUGAAUUAACAGUUGAUUUAAUAAUUUAACUCGUUAAUCCCACGAACUUUUAACUUUCGAUAUUCUGUUUACAUAUAAUUUUUUUUUCUCUUUUUACAUUUGAUUAUUAGUUGUAGAUUUUAAAAAGGGUAUUAGGGUUUCUAUUUUGUACUUUAUUUGCCUUUUCAUCUGUGGCUGAAUUAGCUGUUUUUUUACUCUAUUUGGGUUUUCGAUUCGUUCGUGGAUUCGGAGCUAUAAUGGAAAUCGUUGAUGUUCUAUGAUUUCUCUAUCUGGGUUCGCUAAAAGAUUCAGGGUGUAAGAUUAUAGUGGAGUGGAGUUUAGCUGCUGCAGUUAGAUUUUCUUUGUAGGUGUGAAAUAGUUUUAGGAAAGGGAAGCCAGGUUAACGUGAUGUUUCAUUGCCAAGGAGCUUCCAGACAAAGUUGCAGUCUUCUUGCAGUAUUAUGUGGGAGAACUUCUGAAUAUGAUCAGAAGAAAGAUGUACAUGAUGGUAAGCCGAGAUAUUGCUUCCCGGAGAUUGUAUCAUCAGGGCGUUUGGAGGUGCAAGUGUUGAAAAACCCAAGUACCGAUGAAUUUCAUAAAGUUUUAGAUUCAUGGCAGCCAAAUAUUGUAUAUUUGCAAGGAGAACUUCUUUCAAAUGAUGAAGUUGGUUCACUUGUUUGGGGAGGUCUUGAUUUGUCUUCUGCGGAGGCCAUUUCUGGACUUUUUAGUUCCAUGCUGCCAACUGCUGUCUAUUUGGAGCUCCCAAAUGGAGAAAAAUUGGCUGAAGCACUUCAUGCUAAGGGAAUUCCUUAUGUGAUGUACUGGAAGAGUGCAUUUUCCUGCUAUGCAGCAUCCCAUUUUCGACAUGCAUUUUUAUGUGUGGCACAGAGUUCAACUUGUCAUGUUUGGGAUGCUUUCCAACUUGCACAUGCAUCCUUCAGGCUUUACUGUGUACGAAAUAAUUUUGCUCUCUCUGAGAUGAGUCAGAGGGACAGUGAUAAUGUGGGUCCUCACCUGCUUGGUGAUCCUCCAAACAUUGAUGUCCCUCCACCUGAGGCAGGUCCUGAAGAUGAUGAAGAAAGCAAUUCUGAUGCUCUUCCUGCCAUAAAGAUCUAUGAUGAUGAUGUGACCAUGAGGUUUCUUGUCUGUGGAUUGCCAUGCUCAUUGGAUGAAUGCUUGUUGGGAUCUAUAGCCGAUGGCCUGAAUGCCCUCUUAAACAUAGAAAUGCGAGGGAGUAAGCUGCAUAACCGGGUCAGUGCCCUUCCACCUCCUCUUCAGGCUGGUACAUUUUCCCGUGGUGUUGUGACUAUGCGGUGUGAUCUGUCAACCAGUAGUUCUGCUCAUAUUUCACUUCUAGUUUCAGGCAGUGCUCAAACAUGUUUUGAUGAUCUGCUAUUAGAGAAUCACAUAAAAAGUGAAAUCAUUGAAAAUAGUACGCUGGUUCAUGUACUGCCAAGUGAUGAGGAAAAUAGACCACCUAUAUCUGCGCCUCGCAGAUCAAUGUCUGUAGCUUGUGGAUCAGAAGUAUUUGAAGUUUGCAUGAAGGUUCCGAUGUGGGCUUCACAGGUUUUGAGACAAUUGGCUCCUGAUGUUUCAUAUCGUAGUUUAGUUGCACUUGGCAUUGCUAGCAUUCAGGGACUAGCUGUAGCUUCUUUUGAAAAAGAUGAUGCUCAACGACUUCUUUUCUUCUGCACAAAGCAAGGGAAGGAUGGGUUUUUUGGUAAUUUUAAGAUAGGCAAUCCUCCAGCAUGGUUAAGACCGCCUGCUCCUAGUAGAAAGAGGUCUGAUUUUUAUCAGGGAGCGAGUUAUAUUUGCCAAAAUGGGUUAACACCUGGAAAUCAUGUGGCUGUGAAAGAAGAGAAAGAAAGUCGAUUAGGGAAUGGUGUUGCAACACCUCUGGUGACUGCUAGACAAAAACUCAAAGUUGCUGCUAUGAGGCCCAUUCCUCAUGUCCGUCACCAGAAAAUGCUACCCUUUUCACGAAUUUCGGAGCUGGAUAGCCUUGAUGGGAACCAGGUGAAAACAAAUCUGCCCAUCAUUCCUUCUUCAACUAAGGGUAGCAAUGUUGGAGUAACUCCGGCCACCCAUCGAAAAUCAGCAUCAAGCUCACAUCAGGCUAAGCAAAUUAUAUCCUUGAAUCCUCUUCCACUGAAGAAACAUGGUUGUGGGCGAAGCCCAAUACAUGUGUGUUCUGAGGAGGAAUUUCUGAAAGAUGUAAUGCAGUUUUUAAUUCUUCGUGGGCAUACUCGUCUCAUUCCUCAAGGUGGCAUUGCUGAGUUUCCAGACGCUAUUCUCAAUGCCAAACGCCUUGACCUCUUUAACUUGUAUAGGGAGGUGGUUUCAAGGGGUGGGUUUCAUGUUGGCAACGGCAUCAAUUGGAAAGGGCAAGUUUUCUCAAAGAUGCGAAAUCACACAGUAACCAAUAGGAUGACUGGUGUUGGGAAUACACUUAAAAGACAUUAUGAAACUUACCUUUUGGAGUAUGAAUUGGCUCAUGAUGAUGUUGAUGGAGAGUGCUGCUUGUUAUGUAACAGUAGUGCUGCUGGAGAUUGGGUUAACUGUGGGAUUUGUGGUGAGUGGGCACAUUUUGGCUGUGAUAGAAGACCAGGUCUCGGCGCCUUCAAGGACUAUGCAAAGACAGAUGGACUGGAAUACAUAUGUCCGCAAUGCAGCGUGACUAAUUUUAAAAAGAAGGUGCUGAGAACAGCAAACGGAUAUUCCUGAACCUAAGCUUAAUGACUUCAACAACAGCAAUCCCAAUUGAUUAUAUACAUGUAUUCUCUUAGAACAUCAACUGUGUUUUUGCAGAGAAAUUAGUUAAAGCUUGUAUUACUUUGGGCAUUAACUUCUUGUGUUUGUUCUGGACAAACAGAGGAAGACGCGGAGGCGUAUAUUGAACAGAAGUGAAAAGGCGUUGGAAGGCGCCAGGCGGUGACUAGGAGUGGUGCCACUCUCAUUAGGAGGAAGAAUUGUAGAGAUAGGGAAAGGGUUGAGACUGCAGGCAGGCAGGCAGGCUCAUGGCAAGUCUUUGUAAUAUAUAUAAUCCUCUGUUGAGGAUGUGAUAUUUUGUAGCUUGGUUGGUGGAAUUCAUAUUUCUGAAAUUUCACACAUCUUUUUUUUUUUUUUUGUCUUCUUUUCUGUCCACCUUGAAUUUUCUUCUACUUUAUUUUUCUAGUCUGCGAGCCGGGAAUUUUAGUA